AUUCGAAAGAGCAAACACGAGGAAGCUUUUCUGUUCUCUUGAAAGUGUCUGCAAGGGGAAACAAAAAAAAACGAUCGAUGGCGGGAAUGGCAGAAAUGCAGAGGAGACAAGGAGGUAGACCAUUUUCUCUUACUGCAAGAGCUUUUCCUCCUCCUCCUCCUCCUCCUAUUGAUCGUGAGAAGACAUGUCCCCUAUUGCUUCGGGUUUUUACUAAGAUUGGAGAUCAUCAUAGCAACGAGGAUUUUGCGGUGAGAGGCAAGGAGCCGAAGGAUGAGGUUCAAAUUUAUACGUGGAAGGAUGCCACUCUUCGCGAGUUAACUGAUCUGGUCAAAGAGGUGACUCCAGCAGCUAGGAGAAGAGAUGCAAGACUGUCCUUUGCUUUUGUAUAUCCUGAUAAAAAUGGCCGUUUUGUAGUACGAGAGGUGGGCAAGACCAAUUCUCAUAGAAAUGGGAAAUUCGAUGACAACAAAGCAUUGGCUCAGCUUGGCUUCCAGAUUGGGGAUUACUUGGAUGUGGCUAUUUUUUAGAGGCUCUAUUAUGUCAAAUUGAGAAAGGGAUGGAUAGACAGUGGACUAAUAAUUAUCGCGUGCAAAGAGCUUCAACAUUUUUGGUUGGACAAGAUGGUAUGUAGGGUAAUCUGAAGAAUAAAUGACAGAAUUUGUGCUCUGCAUCACAUCUACAUCUUAUUCUGCCAUGUUCGGAGGUACUCCAAGUGUUUAGGCUUUAGAGAUCUGUGAAUCUACCAGGAAUGAGGUUUUAGUUCAUUUUCUUUUUUUCCCUGGUUUUAAUUCCACUGUGUUCUGGAUUUAAUUUUGGCAUAAACGAUUGGAUCUGCUUGAAGGUCAAUAAUUACACCUCAGAAUGGCUACCCUGUCCAGAAUCCUACAGGCUUACCAGCUAGAAAAAUGCUUUAGAGAUUGAAAAUGAUGUGUUGUUAAUGAGCUUGCUCUACUUUACAUGCCGAGAAUUAUUUGUAUGAUAUUUGCACUUGACUAAAAAUUUGUCCAACGAUUGGGCAGCUGAUGCCUGGUGUCC